AUGACGAAGUCCACGCCCCUGGUGGCAGGUGCCUUAGGCACUGCGCUGUACUUCACAUCGCCGUCCUUCGUGCCACCAGCAGCGCCGCAUGCCGCCACGGCAGCCCCUGAGAACAUCCAGAGGUCUGCGCCAGCUGGGGGUGCCUUUGGCCUGGGCGCCACGGCCGUCACUGCAGCUGCUGCCAUGGGCUCCGUGGCUGCGGCGCGUCAGCGUGUGGCGCGGAAGGCAGAGGCUGUGUUGGAGGAGGCAGAGCCCCCCUUCGACCCCAAGAAGGAGCCAGGUGUGACGCUUCCACUGUUCUACUUCGAUCCGCUGGGCUUUGCCAAAGAAGGCGAUCGUGAAGGCUUCUACCAGCUGCGUUCUGCGGAGCUCAAGCACGGACGUGUGGCGAUGAUCGCCUCCCUUGGCAUGGUCUUCCAGCACUGGUUCCGCCUUCCAGGCUUUGAAGACGUACCUUCCGGAAUCCAGGCUGCCAUCACACCCCCGGGCACCUUUGGGCUGCUCGCCAUUGUGGCCUUGGGCGGAGCCCUGGAGUUCACCAUCUUCAAGCAGGACCCCGAGAUGGACCCAGGCGACUUCGGAGAUCCGGCAGGCUUUGGCCAGACUUACACGGAGUGGAAGGAUCGGGAGUUGAACAACUGCCGCAUGGGUAUGGUGUCCUUCCUUGGCAUCGUCGUUUUGAUCCAGUUUGAAGAGGGAUACUUCGCAGAGCGAGCCUCAUUCGAUACCAAGGCUUGCUACCGGCAAGGAACCACAGCUUUGGUGAAGCCACGUCGAGAAGAGUGCUUGGGCAUGGAUGGGCUAACUAUGGCUAACUCCUUGAACGCCAAUGAACAUCUGGAUGGAGAGCGGGGCCUGUCGCCAAAGCAGUGCUUCAUCUGCGCAUGUCGAGUAGACAUCUCGACCUGCCAGAAAAAGAUGGCAGCUAUCCGCAUGGCCAUGACGAAGUCCGCCCCACUGGUGGCAGGUCGCCAUCACCAGCGGAAACUGCCUGCCACCACUGCAGAGCCCGAGAACAUCGUGAGUUUAGCGGAGGAACAAAUGGAACUCUGGAUGGAAAGCAUGGCUUUCCAUCUCCGAAGCGGCCUCAAAGUGGACGGAAGCCAAUUUGAAGAGCUCCUGCUGCUAAAAGAACCAGUGCGGUCCGUGCAGACCCGAGCACCGCUGUCAGAUCCACGUAAACCUUUGGCUCGAGACGUGAAGCCCAGCGAGUCGGGGUCCGCGGGGCACGAGGAUCCAUCCGCCAUGGCGAUGAAAUAUCUUGGAGCUUACCUCAUGGCCGUGCUUGGUGGCAAGGAGCUUUGGGUGCGGUCCGAGAGCCCUUCUGCGGAAGACAUCAAGACGAUCCUGGAGGCCAGACUUGCCAUUUCGAAGGAAGUGCGGCGGCUUGUCCAGGCCGGAGGAAUCAGCUACGAAGACGACCUCAUCACCAAGAUUUGCGAGCGAAUGGAGGGCAAACAGGCCCAUGAGCUGAUCAAGGAGGGCUUCGGGAAGUUCGCCGCCUGCGGCGGUGGCGGCGGCGGCGGUGGCAGUGGAGGCGCUGCACCGGCUGCAGGCGGCGGCGGGGAUGCCCCGGCCGCUGAGGAGAAGAAGAAGGUCGAGGAGGAGGAAGAAGAGGAAGAGAUGGACUUCGACCUGUUCGGGUGA